GGCGCCGAGUGCGCCCCUCCCUGGCCCGCCCGAGUUGCGGGCGGAGCGCGCUGGCCGCACGGCCCCAGGCCAUUCUCCGAGCGCCGCGCUUGUGGCCAGCCAGGCCCCCGCGACCACGUGCUAGGAGGAAGCUGGAGCUCCGUUAGGAAGAUGGAGUUGGCGACUCGCUCCCAGAUCCCUAAAGAAGUGGCUGACAUCUUUAACGCCCCCAGUGAUGAUGAAGAGUUCGUCGGUUUCCGAGAUGAUGUUCCCAUGGAAACCCUGUCCUCCGAGGAAAGCUGCAAUAGUUUUGAUUCCCUGGAGUUGAGAAAACAGCAGGGUGUGCAUUUCCAUUCUAAAUACUUCACGGAUGAGCUGAGAAGAAUUUUUAUAGAGGACACUGACUCAGAGGCUGAAGAUUUUGAAGGAUUUACACAGAGUGAGCUGAACAUAAAGAGUAACCCAGAAGUAAUGCUUGUGGAGUCAGAUUUGAGCGACAAUGGCAAAGCAUCUCUGGCGAGUGAGGAAGAGGAUGAUGAUGAAGAAAAGGGUGCACCCAGGAGAGGCAGACCUAGAAGCAGCAGCAUUGGCCUUCGAGUAGCCUUUCAGUUCCCCUCCAAGAAAUUGGCAAAGAAGUCAGAUAAAAAUGGUUCUUCUGAGUUGUUUUCUAGCUCAUACUUACAGGACAGUAAAAAAAUGAUUGGAAGAAAGAAAAGCUGCAGGCCGGCGAUGGAAGGGGAAGAUUCUGACUCUGAGGAUGACUCCAGAGAUGAGAGCCAGGAGGGCUCGGAUGCUGUGCUGAAGAGGACCAUGAACAUCAAGGAGAACAAGGCCAUGCUUGCUCAAUUAUUGGCGGAAUUGAAUUCAAUGCCAGAUUUCUUCCCAGUUCGAACCCCGACCUCAGCUUCUAAGAAGAAAACAGUGCGACGGGCCUUCUCAGAAGGACAGAUCCCAAGGCGCAUGAACCCAACCCGAAGUGCGCGGCCCCCAGAGAAGUUUGCUCUAGAAAACUUCACUGUUUCUGCCGCAAAAUUUGCAGAAGAGUUAUACAGUUUUAGAAGAAGGAAGACAAUUAGUGGGGGGAAAUGCAAGGGGUAUAGACAGCGUCGUCGUGUAUCUUCAUUUCGGCCAGUGGAGGAUAUCACUGAAGAGGACCUGGAAAAUGUUGCCAUAACUGUUCGAGAUAAAAUCUAUGAUAAAGUUCUGGGUAACACGUGCCAUCAGUGUCGGCAGAAGACCAUCGACACCAAGACCGUGUGUCGGAACCAGAGCUGCGGCGGGGUGCGAGGACAGUUCUGUGGGCCAUGCCUGCGCAAUCGCUACGGCGAGGAUGUGAGAUCGGCGUUGCUGGACCCGGAUUGGAUGUGUCCUCCCUGCCGUGGGAUCUGCAACUGCAGCUACUGUCGGAAGCGUGAUGGCCGCUGUGCCACGGGGAUCCUCAUCCAUCUCGCCAAGUUUUAUGGCUAUGAUAAUGUUAAGGAGUAUCUGGAGAGCUUACAGAAGCAGCUGGUAAAAGACAAUUGAGAGAAAAAAGAACAAGCCAACUCAGAAUACUCCAAGACAUGCAUACCAUUUGUGCCUAAGAUUUGUUAAACUUGUAUUUUUAUACAGAAAUUCUU